UAUUACGCAACUCUAUUUUAAUACUGAACGCCGCAGCCGUAUGAAACAUAUAGAAUUUACACUACAUUUCUACAAUAUUUUACGAAUUGAAAUGUUCUUCGUUGAUAUUACAGGUUUAGAAGUGAAAGGUCAAAUGGUGUUUGGCUCUCAAACACUUCGGUACCAAGACGCGUGUGACGACGUAUGUCGGGAUCUGCCCAUUGAUGAUACGGAGCCUGUGUGUAUGAUGAUCAGUCGCUACAAGAGGGGAUAUCAGUUCUUUGUAAAUCAAUGUCACGCUAGGCGUACAAUUUGUAAGGAAAAUUUGGUAUUGCAUAUGGUACAUCCAAGUAGAUGUGUGAAGAGCAACCAGUAUUUUAUGCCAGUAAAUUAA